AUGGGGAGCGGCCUCAUGAUCGAGGGUCUGCUCAGCGCCUGUUACCACAUCUGUCCAAACUACAACAACUUCCAGUUCGACACGUCGUUCAUGUUCAUGCUCGCUGGUCUGAGUGUGAUGAAUCUGUACCAGAAGAGGCACCAGAACCUCACCCCACGGUCCAGGACCUUCUGUGCCUUCAUAGCCUUCAUCGUGGUCAUCUCUGUGAGCGGCGUGGUUGUUGAAGACGGGAGCCCUGUGUUCUGGACGUUCUUCUCCCUCUUUCACUUGGUGGUUGUGGUCGUCCUCAGUCGUCUGCUCUUCACCGGGAAAACUCCAAAGGUCUGCCCCCUGCUGUGUAACCGCUGCCCGCCGUCAGACCGCUGCCCGCCGUCAGACCGCUGCCCGCCGUCAGACCGCUGCCCGCCGUCAGACCGCUGCCCGCCGCGCGACAGCUGCCUGGAUGCUUGUCGGCUGGUGUUGCUGGUGCUGGUGAACCUGGUCAACGUGUCUCUAGCCGUGUAUGGACUCGUUCAGAGACCAGCGGACUUCGAUUCUCAUCUUUUGGCCAUUUUUAUUGUGAAUCUGAUUCUGUACCUUGGAUUUUACAUCUUCAUGAAGAUGGUGAGUGGAGAAGGCCUCACGUAUCUGACGGUUUUCUACUCUGUUCUCACUGCGGUCUUUUGGGGAUUUUCUCUGUACUUCUUCAACCGAGAUCUGACCAACUGGGAGGUGUCGGCCGCAGAGUCUCGUGAGAAGAACCGAGAGUGUGUUCUGUGGUCGUACUUCGACCAUCAUGACGUCUGGCACUUCCUGUCAUCUGUCGCUCUGUUCGGAUCCUUCCUGAUGCUUCUGACGAUCGACGACAACAUCGAUUCUGUCCCGAGAAGCAAGAUCCCUACUUUCUAA